AUGUCCACAUCAGGAAAGGAAUUAAUUAUUCAACAAAUUCAUCAACAACUUGGUAGACUCCUCAAACAAUUAGAAGAUGUAGAAGAUAAUCGAGAACUGCUCGAUUCGGAAGAAGAAUAUUUAGAAAUCAAGGGAGAAACCCUCAAACAAUUAGAAGAGUUUCAGAAUACUCUCAACGAAUUAAAUCAUCAAGAAUUAGCCUCCGAUCAAUUAAGCUCCUUCAAGAUGGCUAUCCAGGCAGCAUGUAGUCAAGCGUUUAAAACUCCAGAAAUUAUUUUGUCGAUGAGUGAUUUUAGGGAAAAGAAGAGUGAAUUGUUGAGUGCUUUGCAGAAAUUGGGAGUUUCUUUGAAUUCCGAACAGACUCUCUUCUUGAAACAGAAUAUGAGUGAACAGCUGAAGCAAUUUGUGGAUGAAGAAUCAAAGUGGUAA